AUGAGUGAGCCACUGCUUCUGGUGGGAGUGGACCAGAGCCGGGAAAAUGUUGAGAACCAUGGAUCUAGAACUGCACUGUCUACUACUGUAAGGAACCACUGGCCAGAAAGUAACACUGAACCCCACACAGAAAACAUUACCUUCUAUCGAAAUCAAGAGGACCUUUCAUCAGUGGCCUCCAAAGAGGGCGUGAUAGUUCAGACCUCUAGCAGGAACCACGCUUCUUCGGAUGCUCCAGAAACCCUCACUGUGUUAACUGAAACAGCAAAUACUGGAGGAAGGAACGAGUCUUCAGGCAGAACAAAGUUCACCAUUUCACCUGUGGGGCACUUGUCUGAGAUAGCAACAGCUCUGACCUCCCAGAGCAGCACCUUAGCCCUGGAGAGGCUUCACCUGCUGUCCAGCAGUGCAGGGCCAGAAAGAAGAAUCGCCCCUUCUCAAAUGGGGAGGGGGCCAUCCCAGGACUCACUGCAGAGCAGGAAGGGGCUCCCAGAAGAACUGACUGUGCACAUCCAAGUGGCCACCACUUCCACUUCCAGCCACCCCUCUCUUCCUGCUUUGGAAAUGGGAGAACCGACCUUGCUCUCCAGGAAGAGAGAUUCCUCGGGACCAGAGUUCUCUGUGCUGCCUUUCUCCAGGACACCGGCUUACUCCCCUCCACCAGACCUUUUCUCCCCUUCUGAAGGCAUGGAGGAGCUCAAAAACUCUACUGAUCUCCAAAGCCCCUCAGUCAGUCAGACAGAGAGUACGCAUGUUGCCACCACGUUCACUGAUGGUGUCGCAAGGAUGCUUCAGUCUCUAACUGUCAGUCUGGGACCUAUAAACGAGACAGAGGGUUUCCCUGAACACCCCAAAGUUGCCACAACUUCCGUCUCAGUCCCUUCUUCACCUUCUGCGGUGGAAUUGAGAAGAAACAGCAGAGUAACUGGGACUCCAGGGGAUGGGGAAUUCAUGGAGCCAUCCACUGACAGUGAACUUGGAGUUACAUCUUUACACUGGCAAAAUGAUUCCCCAACCUUUGGAGGACAUCCGCUCACCAGCAGCUCUGAGGCAGAAAAUGGAAGUUCUGUGUCUCAGACUGAGACUGUAUCUAGGUCAGUCCCAUCCGUCAGCAGUGGAGAGAGCACAGCACGCUGGUUCUUGACCAACAACAAGACAUUUGCAGAUGUGACAGGAAGUUCUGCUUUGUAUUCUGAAGUUGUGAAUGCUUCGGUUUUGACCCAGUUCUUGAACUCUGCUCGACAGUCCGGAGGAAAUAACACAGCAUUGGGUGAUAAAAGUCACUCAGAGUCUUUGUCUACAUCUUCCUCAGAAAGCCUAGAUUCCUCAGCACCACGUGGAGAACGUUCGACUGUGGAAGAGAGCAGGCCGCACACCUCGGCCACCAUCACUGGAAGCGGAGAGCGCACGGGGCGGUCUGUCCCCCUCGGCAAUGCCAGCACGACCUCCGGAGAGGUGGGGAGCCCGGCAGCAACGGUGUCCCGGGAAGCAGAGCAUGCCCCUCAGCGCACGGGAGCCACCGACCACACGGGCCUGGUUGCCGCGCCUGCCCUCGGAGUCACUGGAAUUAGCAACAGUCAAGUGAGUGGCACAGAUCUUGAACAGAAGACUUCCAGUGGCCACACUGAUCACACCUACCUUUCAUCUACUUUCACUAAAGGAGAACGGGCGUUACUGUCCAUUACGGAUAACAGUUCCUCCUCGGAUGUCCAGGAGAGCUCAACCUCUCAUAUUAAUGUCUCAGACUCUUCGCAUUCAGACUAUUUUUCCUCUUCUCAUGCUCAGACUGAAAGAAGUAACACCUCAUCCUUGGAUGGGGAAUACACACAGCCUUCCACCGAGUCACUGGUUCCGCAGACGUCCACCCUUCCGUCCUACACAUCUACCAUUAUUAAUAUGCCACAUACUUUGGUUCUUCUGGAUGCUGAUGCUGGAUCUGUUGGUGACUCUUCUUCUUCAGGGCCCCCUUUGCCUCUGCCCUCAGUGUCACAGUCUCACCAGUUGUUCUCACCAACCUUACCAUCCACCAGGACGUCUGCACAUCCCCUGAAGUCCACCUCUGAGGCCUACGUGCCUUUGCCUUCCUCACCAUCGCCUGUACCCGUAUCUGUGACAGCAUCUACCCCUGCCCCACUACCUGUCCCACAAACAGCCUCACCCCGUUCAUCUUCUACCACAGUCCUGCCCAGGGCGAGGGAGACGCCUGUGACUUCAGUUCACACAUCGACAGUGGCAGAGCACCAAAGUUGUCAAACAGCAGACCCUAAGAACCAGGGCACCCCACACCAAGAGAAAAUCAUUACAGAGUCAGAGUCACCGAGCUUGGUGUCUCUGCUCACAGAGUCUACCAAAGCUGUAACACUGAGCUCUCCUUCAGGGGUCCCUUUGCCCCCAGCCCUAACAGAGUCCUCCACCAAGCAAACCCUUCCAGCCGGGAGCACGAGCUUAGACCAAAUGUUUCCAGCUUUGACAGCCACCACUUUUGAGACCUCUCAUCCACCCAUCACCACUCCUGGCACUCCACCAAGCACAGUAGCUCUGACCACUGGCCCUGUAGCUGUACAGACCACAGCUGGAAAACAACUCUUGCUGACCCAUCCUGAAAUUCUAGUGCCACAAAUCUCAACCGAAGGUGGUGUCACCACAAAAAGGAACCCAGUGCAUACAGAUGCUACCACCCAAUUGAUCCCUCCAACCAGCAUACCCACAUCAGCAAAAGAACUGACCACAAGGCUUGGUGUUACAGAAGAGUACAGCCCAGCUUCACGUUUCUUCAGAACAUCUCCUCCCCAAACCACCGAUGUUCCCAUGACUGAAGUGUUGGCUUCUAAAUCUACUGCCUUGGCUACUCAGAGCAGCACACAGUCACCAACAGCAUUGUCAUCUCCGUCCUCAGUCAACAGCUGUGCUACAAACCCUUGUCUUCAUGAUGGAGAAUGCAUUGUGGACCUCAGCAGUCGUGGCCAUCGAUGCAUGUGCUCACCUUCCUGGCAAGGGGAUGACUGCAGUGUGGAUGUGAACGAGUGCCUCUCAAACCCCUGCCCACCCCUGGCCAUGUGCAACAAUACUCAGGGAUCCUUUAUCUGCAAAUGCCCUGUUGGGUACCAGUUAGAAAAAGGAAUAUGCAAUUUGGUUAGAACCUUCGUGACAGAGUUCAAAUUAAAGAAGACUUUUUUUAAUACUACCGUGGAGAAACAUUCAGACCUACAUGAAUUUGAAAAUGACAUCACUAAAACAUUAAAUGUGUGUUUUUCAACGUUACCUGGUUAUAUCCGAUCCACAGUUCAUGCCUCUAGGGAGUCCAGUGUGGUGGCCAUCUCACUGCAAACCACCUUUUCUCUGGCCUCCAAUGUGACGUUGUUUGACCUGGCCGACGGGAUACAGCAAUGUGUCAACUCCUGCAGGUCCUCUGCUGAAGUCUGCCAGUUCUUGGGAUCUCAGAGGCGGAUCUUUAGAGCGGGCAGCUUGUGCAAGCGAAAGAGUCCCGAGUGUGACAAAGAGACCUCUAUCUGCACUGACCUGGACGGUGUCGCACUGUGCCAGUGCAAGUCGGGCUACUUUCAGUUCAACAAGAUGGAUCACUCCUGCCGAGCAUGUGAAGAUGGAUAUAGGCUUGAAAAUGAAACCUGUAUGAGUUGCCCAUUCGGCCUUGGUGGUCUCAACUGUGGGAACCCCUAUCAGCUCAUCACUGUGGUAAUUGCAGCAGCAGGAGGUGGGCUUCUCCUUAUCCUGGGCAUUGCACUGAUAGUUACCUGUUGCAGAAAGAAUAAAAAUGACAUAAGCAAACUCAUCUUCAAAAGCGGAGAUUUCCAAAUGUCCCCAUAUGCUGAGUACCCCAAGAAUCCUCGUUCUCAAGAAUGGGGCCGAGAAGCUAUUGAAAUGCAUGAGAAUGGAAGUACCAAAAACCUCCUCCAGAUGACUGAUGUGUACUACUCGCCCACAAAUGUAAGGAAUCCUGAACUUGAACGAAAUGGACUGUACCUGGCCUACACUGGAUUGCCGGGAUCACGACAUUCCUGCAUUUUCCCUGGACAGUAUAACCCAUCUUUCAUCAGUGACGAGAGCAGGAGAAGAGAUUACUUUUAAGGCCAGGAGAGAUGGAGAGACCAUUGCUCUGAGCCAGUCACCUGGGGUCUCUGUCGCUCAGAGGGACUGCCCCAGGAAGGGGCACCACACACUGGCUGCUCCCAGGACUUGUUGGAGCCACACUUGAGUGGCAGGCAGAAAGGGGGACAGGAAUGAGGGGCAUGACCACAGUGGAAGGAGACACAUGGAUGUGGACCACAGGCUGCUUAUUUGGCACCUUUGCUGUUACUGUGAACGUGAACGUGGACCAGUACCAGGAGAGUCUCUCUGAGUGACUGCCACAUGGCACUGGCACUAGGGGUGACUCUUAGCCAAGGUAGAUCAGUAGGUAUCAUUGCAAAAACCCAGUUUUCCCUUAGUUUGCACUUUAGUAAAUUGGGUAUGGAGGCUUACUUUGGGAUUUGUGUCAAGACUGUUCCAGAAAGAAGCCUUCUUUACCUGAAACACAUCUGUAGGCCACAAUUUGGUGAUGAAUUUGCAGCAAAGUACGGGCUCGUUAGUCAUUUUCCUGCCUGUUGCUUACGUGCUAAACAACAGAUGAUGAGGAACAUACCACUAAGGUCUGAAGACGCUGCAGCUGAAUGUACAGUGUUAUCGUGUUUCUAGGUUGUCUCAUGCUACAG